CUGUCUUGCCAGAACACCACGGCGAUUGACAACACGUGCUGCUUCGAAGCUCCGGGUGGUCUGAUUCUUCAGACACAAUUCUGGGACACUCCACCGGCUGCUGCUGGACCUAACACCUCAUGGACCAUUCAUGGUCUCUGGCCGGACAACUGUGAUGGCAGCUACGCUCAGUACUGCGACGAGUCUCGUCAGUACACCAACAUUAGUCAGAUCAUUCAGUCUUACGGCCGUCAGGAUCUACUCGACUACAUGAACACCUACUGGGUCAGCAACAGUGGAACUGCGGAGAGCUUCUGGGAGCACGAAUGGGGUAAGCACGGUACCUGCAUGUCGACCUUCGACACGGACUGCUACAGCAGCUAUACACCGGGCGAGGAGAUCCCCGACUUCUUCAACCGAACUGUCGGUCUCUACCAGACUCUACCGACCUACGACUGGCUUGCAGCCGCUGGCAUCACCCCAAGCUGCACCACAACUUACACUAGCGCGCAGAUUUCAAGCGCUCUCGCCGCCAACUUCGGUGGUCAUUCAGUCUACCUUGGAUGCUCAGGUGGUGCGCUUGACGAGGUUUGGUACUACUUCAAUGUUCAAGGUUCUAUCCAGACUGGCACCUUCUACCCAACCGACCAAACCGGCUCGAACAGUUGUGCCGCCACCGGCGUGAAGUAUCUGCCGAAGGCUGGCUGCCCAGCCACAUCUACCACCGCCAGUGCCAGCGCCAGCGCCUCCGCUGUACCCUUCGUUGGCCCUGGGUACAUAUACGUCAUCACGAGCGAUGGCACGCAGACGGGCAACCUGAUCUCGGAUGGUACUUGGUACAACAGCGGCGGUACCCCUGCCACUUACAACUCAAACACUACCACGGGCACUGGCCCUUUCACGCUCAAAACGAGCAAGGGUCUGUGCGCUGUUGUGACUGGUGGCAAUCUUACUUGCGCUUCCACUGUCACAACAGGCUCGGCCUUCUACGCUGACGGCAACCUUCUCCAGUAUGCCGGCAGUGACAUUUUUGGCGCUGCUGCAGUACCGACCGGUACUACGCAUGGACAGUUGUAUGCCGCGAGCAAUCAGCCUGUGUCGGUCACGCUAAGGUGGACGGGGCGGUAA